CAGGUGUAUAGAGCGUAGUGCUCUGCAAAAGCCAUCCAGUGUACCUGCGUGCACGACGGUGGAAGCAGACCUCAUUAUGGAAGAAUACAAGGCCGCAGCUGUACACAACAUCAUUAAUGAAAAUACGAAGUUUGAAGAUAUAAUAGAAGAACUGGGGAGUGAUGGAAAGUUCCAGUUACAAAUGAAUAUCAUUUUCAAUUUCAUCGCAAUAUUAUUUUCAACAAUGUCUUCAUACGCCAAGAUAAUUGCUCUGACAGUACCUGAACACUGGUGCCACGUUCCAGGAAGAGAAUCUACAAAUUUAACAGUUGAAAUGUGGAAGAAUCUCACAAUUCCAAAGUCAACUGCUGCCUUUGUUACCUUCACCCUACUUUUUAGCAACAACUGUUUCGGGGAGAAUCCUUUCGUAGCAUUCAUCGGGCAUGGAUCUCUGCAACUAGCUGCUUCAUACGCUGCUCAUGUUGUUGGAAAUAGAUUUGGAAGCACACUCAACGAAGUGGAUCGUAACUACACUUUCUCUUGUGCUACUCUUCUGCUGUGA